CGAGAGAGAUGGAUGCCGAGUCGAUGAGGUAUAUAAGGACUACUAAGAUACUCGUCUAGUCAGUCAACAGUGCUAACUAAUCCUCAAUAACCGCCAACAUGAUCAAGCUUAUUUUGCUGCUUCUCGCCGUGGUUGCUUACGCUUCCGCUGGCGGUUUGUACUCCGGCCUCGGUCUUUAUGACUCCUACGGUUAUGGGGGCUAUGGUCAUGGAGGCUAUGGUCAUGGUUAUGGUUAUGGAUAUCCAUACGCCACCAGCUAUGCAAGCACUUACAAGGUAUUGCCAUCGGUAACGAAAGUAAUUGCUCCACCAAUCACGAAAAUUGCAUACGCCACACCGCCAGUGACCAAGAUUCACUACGCACCACCAACGAUUUACAGUCCAAUCUAUAAAUACAGCACCUACGGACAUGGAGGUUAUGGAGGUUAUGGAGGCUAUGGAGGUUAUUAUGGAGGUUAUGGACAUGGAUAUCCCUACUCUUAUGGAUCCAACUAUGGACAUGGUUACGGUUAUGGAAUUGGACAUGGUGGUUAUGGCUAUGGUGGUUAUGGCUACGAUCAUGGCCUCUAUGGAUAUUACUAAAGAAAAAAAAAGAAAACAUUCUUCUCCUCCAAAAUACCAAAAAUUUCAAAAAGACUAAUAUUUUUGUACAUACGGUUAUUCUUUCGUAUAUCAUCCCUUCAUUUUUUUAAAAUGAAAUACACGUUUCUACCCCUUCCUAAGAAAAAAAUUA